AUGUUUAUUAUCGAAUCUGGAACCGGUAAACUUAAAUCCAGUUCUAGUUUCGAUUUUGACCAAUCGACGGGCGGGGUCAAGUAUUAUGACGUCACGAUCACAGUCUCCGAUAAGGGAUCUGUACCAAAGACCACUUCAGCAAUUCAACGUGUCAAUCUCACCAACGUCAACGACAUCGCACCUGAAUUUCAAACCGCCACAUACACCGUCAACGUAGCCUGUACCGAUGUCGUGGCAUCGUCACUCGUGACGUUGUCGGCAGAUGACGAGGAUAGUCCCUCCCUUCUUUACGAAAUCGAAGCAGGAACAAAUCCCUAUGUGUCCGUUGACAGCGUUUCAGGGGAGGUAACUCUCAUAGCCUCCCCAACAGGUGUCGCUGUUACAAACUUGGUCCAAUCGAUACCAUUACUGGUGUCAGACCAGGGUACCCCGAAUCUUCAGGGAAAAGGUCACCUACUGGUGCUCUUUGAAAACUGUCAAACCAAUGCAGUGUGCAGCAACGACAGCAACGUCUACACGCCAACGUUCUCUAAGUCUCUUCACACAGUUGCUGUUCCAGAAAAUGGGACGGGAGAGAGUCUCAUCUUGACAUUCACUGCGACCGACGCCGACAACGGAACCAACGGACAGUUUUCUUUCAACAUCAUCGACGGCAACAACGACGGAUUGUUCCGACUUGACGGGGACAACCUCUACGUGCAGGUCGUAGACUACGAAGGCUCAGCUUCGGUAAACUUCACGUACACCCUGAUCGUAACCGCCGUCGACCAUGCUGCUGAUGCUAAAACGGGAGUGACUGUUGUCGUAGUUGAGAUCAGUCCCCAGAACGAGUUUGACCCUGUGUAUCAGAGUCCGAAGCCGGACAGUAGCGGUGAAUUUCCAGUACUGACCGUCAACGAAAAUGAACCCUCGGAUAUGAGGUCAUCGUCGUUACUGCCACCGAUGCUGACCUUGGAGUUGAUGGUCACGUGGUCUACAGUAUCGAGUCGGUUUUGA